GCUUCUUUGCGCCCACUCUUCUGCCAGCAUGACCAGCAAGCGCAAGCGUGAGGCCGAUGGCGCCAUGUUCUCGGGCGCGCGCUUCUCCUUCGGCUUCCAAGCAUCGGGAGACGACGACGCCGGCGCGGAUGCACCGCCGGCAGUCGCUGCGCACCCGACGUCUGCCUCCAUCCGCGUCGCUUGCAACGUCAACGGCGCCGACCUCGCGCCGGGCGACCUCGUCGUCAUCGACUGGGCCCAGAGCUCAUGGACGCAGCUGCACGUAACGUCGUCGACCGACGCGAGCAUCGCCGGCACGGUGCAUCCGCAGUACGUUGCGCUGCCGACGUCGGCGUACUCGGCGCCGGACGCACCGGUGUUUAGCCUCGACGCGCCGCUCUGGCAGUUUGACUAUGUGUUUGACCCAACGUUUGCGGGCUGCACUUGGCCGCUGCACUUUUCGUCGGCGCCAUUGACGGUCGAGCCGAAUCUACAGUCGCUCUCGUGGCCGUUGCCCGCGUCGACGUUCAUCGAGCAUGUCUACAACCAGCGCUGCAUGGUCGUGCACGGGUCGUCGCACCGCCUCCAGUCGCUCCUCGAGGACCUCCAUCAGCUCGAUGUCGACACGCUCAUUCUGACCGCGUCGCGCACAGUCGCGUGGCUCGCGCAGGCGCCGGCCAAGACGCGCAUGCAGUACCUCGAAGUCCAGUCACCGGAGAUGGCCCGCGCCAUCUACAAGGCGGGCCAUUCGCUCUACUUUAACCCUGCGCCCGACGUCCAGGAAAAGUACUUGAGUGCGCUCUGCGCCGACCUUGGCAUGGACUUUACCAGCGCGCUGGACGGCGGCAUGGGCGGCGACAUCGAGCUCUUUGCGGUCCAAGGCCGCCAUUCGACGCCGUGGCACCUCGAUGCCCAGCAGAAUAUCACGAUCCAAUUGACUGGUACGAAGCGCUGGUCGUUCGUCAAGGGUCCAGUGCACGACCCGAUGACCAACCUCCACUUGGCGUCGACCAACACGCCGUCGGUCCAAGACGACUUGCUCACGCACUGCAUGAGCGGCGCGACGCCUGCGAUGCUGACGCCGCCGGCCGACGACGACCCGGCAGUUGCGUCGGUCGUGCUGCGACCUGGCUCGGUGCUCUACGUGCCCGCGGGCUACUGGCACAAGGUCGAGGCCAUGGACGAAGGAUCGCUCUCGAUGAACUUUUCCAUCGAUGGCAGUCGCUGGCUCGACGUACUUUGGAACCGACUGCUCCCGACGCUGAUGGCGCAGCCGUCGUUCCGGGCGCGGCCCGAUCUCCGCCGAGGCCCGGAGGAUGCCCGCGCCCAGCUCAAGCAGCUGCUCGCGUCCCUCAGGGCCACGAUUACCGAGAUGGAAGACAACGUGGACACGCUUCUUCCCGAUGCCCUCUUUGCGCCACCGGUUAAUGCCGUCGUGUCUGUGGCCAAACUCGCGUCGUCGACAGACCUCGAGCGUCCGAUUCAACCGAGCAGCGUGCUCGUCCGGUCGUCGGUCGGCGCGUUGAUUGCGACUCCGCACGUGCCAGCGUCCGAGGGCCAGUACACGCUCGCGACGGGCGGCGUUGGUCGGUUUUCCGACGGCUUCAAGGCCGAGCGCGUGACCGUGGUCGCAGUGCCGCCGCCGCUGACAGCAGUGAUGAAUCGUCUUUUGGAGAUGCCAUUUGGCGCGACACUGGCCGUGGCGACCAUGCAAGACAUGUUGUUUGAGCACGCGGCGCUGCUGACAAAGUCGCUGCACCAUUGCAUCGAGCUUCUCGUGCAGCAUGGACUGUUUACGCUGGCAUCGUCUUGAAGCAUCGACCGCCCGAUAGAAAGAAUGCUAUUAGCUGCGAUAAAGGUUUUGCCGAAAAACAGUGUAUUUGACGAGUA